AUGAGUGGCGGCGGCGGCAGCCUGCUCCGGGGCCGGCCCUUCCACUGCCGGGAGUGGGCCCUGGAGAAGCUCCGGCACUGGCUGGAGGUCCAGUGCGCCGGGGUGCUGGUGAUGGGGGGGCCGGGCGCCGGGAAGACCGCGCUGUGCACGGAGGUGGUGUGGCCCGCGACGGACGCUGGCCUCGCGACGGGACUGGCCCCGCUCUGCCUGGCGUCCCACUUCUGCCAGCCGGAGGACGAGAGGACCACGUCGGUGUGGAGGUUCGUGCUGGGCGUGGCAGAGCAGCUCCGGGGGAGCCCCCUCCUCUCGCCGGGGUACAGAGAAGCCCUGGACACCCCUGCUGUCGCUUCUGCCCUGGAUCCCCUGCACUGCCAACAGGACCCUGACGACACCUUCAAGAGGGUGGUGCUGCAGCCCUUGCAGGACCUGCCCCCUCCGGCGCACAGGCUCUUCCUCCUCGUGGACUCCCUGGACUCGGGAUACCCGGGCGGGGCCGGGGCCGGGGGCGGGAAGAGCGGCUCCAUCGCGGAGCUCCUGUCCAGCCACCUGCAACUCUUUCCCAGCUGGCUGCUCCUCAUCUGCUCCACACGCCGCCAGAACCGAGCCGUCUGCAGGCUGUUCUCAGGUUUCCGGAAGCUGCCCCUGGACGACCUGCGCAAGGCCCCGGUGGUGAGCGAUGUGCAGCGGUACAUCCUUCAGCGGCUGGACCAGGAGGGGGCCCUGCGGAGGCACCUGACCCCCGAGACGGCCGACAUGCUCAACGUGCUGCACAUCAAGAGCGGCGGCUGCUUCCUCUUCCUGCAGCGCGUGCUGGACGGCGUGGCGCGGGGCCUGGUGGCCGUCCGCGAGAUCCGCGACAUCCCCGGCACCCUCAGCGGCCUCUACCUGUGGCUCUGCCAGAGGAUACUCCCGCGGAAGCUGUUCUCGCAGGUGAAGCCGCUCCUCGAUGUCCUCCUGGCCUCCCCCCGCCCGCUCACCCCGGAGCAGCUGUACGUGGCCGCUUGGACCCGGGACGCUAAGCUCAGUCAUGCUGACUUCCAGCACAAACUGAAUGUAUUAUCCACGCUCCUGAUUGAUGGGCCGGGAGGCACCAAGCUCCUGUUCCACUCCAGCUUCGCGGAGUGGCUGACCGAUGUCAAGUACUGCACGCAGAAGUACCUGUGCAGCGCGGAGGAGGGGCACGUGAUGCUGGCCAUGUCCCUGACGCUGCGCGCCCCGCAGCUGUCCGCCGAGGAGGUCUGCCAGCUGGCCUCUCACAUGGUCAGCUCCAACGUGCACGCCGGCGACCCCACCCUGCUGGCCCUGUGGAUGGUGUGGACCGGCGUGGCGUCCGCCAGCUGCAGCCCCCCGUUCCUGCCCCAGUGCCUGGCCCCCGUGCUGGUGCAGCAGGAGGUUCUGCACCUGCUGGUGAAGAGCGGGGCGUAUACCCCGCCCUGCUCGUCCGAUUACGGCCCCAGCGUAGGGGUGCGCUGCUUUGAGGACGGGGUGGGAACCUCGGGCCGAAUUCCAGAGAGGGUGAAGUACCUUCUGGACAGCGGGGCGAGCGUCAACCAGGCUGACCCGGCUGACGGGCGCACCCUCUUAGCCAGCGCAGCCUACGCAGGCUCUAUUGAUGUGAUACGUCUCCUGCUGUCCCGGGGGGCUAGCCUGGAGCUGAGUGACAACCAGGGCCAGACCCCACUGAUCCUAGCCGCCCGACAGGGCCAUGUGAACGUGGUUCGUUUCCUGCUUGACUGGAUAAGGCGCUGUGGAACCGAAGGAGCCAGGAUAGUGGACCACGCAGACGGAGAGGGGUGGACGGCUCUACGCUUGGCGGCGUGGGGCGGGCACACGGAGGUGGUGCGCCUCCUGCUGGACGCCGGGGCGGAGGUGGACGGGUGCGACAUGGAGGGGCGGACAGCCCUGCGCGCGGCCGCGUGGGGGGGCCACGAGGAGAUCCUCCUCACUCUGCUGGAGCACGGGGCGCAAGUGGAUAAAGCAGACCAGGAGGGGCGGACCCCCCUCAUCGCAGCGGCCUACAUGGGCCACUGGGAAGCGGUAGAGAUCCUGCUGGAGCACGGGGCGCAGGUGGACCUGCAGGACGGGGACGGGCGCACCGCUCUGUCCGUCGCCGCUAUGUGCGUGCCGUCGGCGGCCAAGGGUCUGAGGGGCUACGAGGACGUGGUGGGCCUGCUGCUGGAGCGAGGGGCCGACCCGGGACACAGGGACCAGGACGGCAUGACCCCGCUCAUGCUGGCGGCCUACGAGGGCCACAAGGAGGUGGUGGAGCUGCUGCUGGAGGCCGGCGCGGACGUGGACGAGAGCGCCGCGCUCCGCGGCUCCCCCUCGGCCGGCGUGACGCCCCUGCUGGCGGCCGCCUCCAUGGGCCACGUGGACGUGGUGAGCACCGUCCUCUUCUGGGGCGCGGCGGUGGACGCCAUCGACGCAGAGGGCCGCACGGCGCUGAGCCUGGCAGCCACGCGGGGGAGCGCCGAGGCGGUGCGGGCGCUGCUGGACCGCGGCCUGGACGAGAACCACAAGGACGACAUGGGCUGGACGCCGCUGCACGCCGCCGCCUGCGAGGGCCACAAGGGCGUGUGCGCCCUGCUGACCGAGCGCGGGAGCGUGGCGCGGGUCGGCGAGCUGGACAACGAGGGCCGGACGCCGCUCAUCCUGGCCGCCCAGGAGGGCCACUGCAGCACGGUCAGGCUGCUGCUGGACCGCAGGUCCCCCAUCGACCACCGGGACUACAACGGCCACUCCGCCCUGAGCGCCGCCGCCCUGGAGGGCAACACGGAGGUGAUGGAGCUGCUGAUGAGGCGCGGGGCCGACACAGACGUCCGCGACGCCCAGGCCAGGCCCCUGCUCUACCUGCUGAUCCUGGAGGGGCGCCUGGACAUGGCCGCCCUGCUGAUAGAGAAAGGGGGCGUGCCCCUGGAGUCCCGGGACAUGGAGGGCCGGACGGCGCUUCACGUGGCGUGCUGGCAGGGGAACCUGGAAGGGAUGAGGCUGCUUCUGAAGCACGGGGCCGACGUCAACGCUCAGGACAGGGAGGGGCGCCCGCCCCUGCACUCGGUGGCCUGGAGGGGGCACGGUGUCGCCGCCUGUCUGCUCCUGGAGUCCAAAGGUGUCGACGUGAACCUCGCCUGCACCCAGCAGGGGGCCACGGCACUGUGUAUCGCAGCUCAGGAAGGACACACGGAUUUGGUGGCUGUGCUUCUGGAGAAAGGCGCCGACCCGGAGCAUGUGGACCGGUACGGACGCAGCCCGGUAAAAGUGGCGGCGAAGAUGGGCCACGUGGGAAUCGUCCGACUGCUGGAGAGCUGUGGGGCCAAGCCUUACACGGGCACACUGCCCCCUCUGCAGUGUGGAAACCCUCAGCCUUCCCAGUCCCUGACUGUGAACCCCCCUUCCUUAACCAGCUCAGGGAGCAACAGAGAGGCCACCCCCUGGCCCCUCCAGGCAGCUGUGCCCUCCUCCUCCUCCCCCUCCUGGUCCCCAGGAUCCACGGCAGGGCGCUUCCACUCCACACAGAGCUCCCAGACCUCGUCCUCCACCUGCCACUCCCGGGCCACGGCGCAGACGGUGCCGGCCGACAGCCUGAGCUUCACCCAGCAGAUCCGGCAGCACUCCCUGCCCCGCAGCCGCAGCCGCCCCUCCACCCUGCUCUCGCCCAGCUCCGCCUCCGACACCCUGCACGGCAGCGGCAGCAGCCCCCGGCUCCAGGCUAACCCCCCUUCUGAUAGCAUCAGCACUGCUGUCCCCAGCAAGCUCCACAAAGAUGUCAUCCCACUGGGGGACUGUGACUAUUCCAUUAAGCCCAAAACCCCUGAAAAUAAGAGUGCAGGACUGGAGAAGGAGGACAAGAGACAGGGGAAGUGGAACUCAGUCAUGGCUUCCCUGGGAGUGACACCUGGACAGGACUGCCCCUCCCGACCCCCCAAAACCAGGGAGAGCCCACUUCUCGGGUACCCGGUCCAACUACAGAGCCAAGCCCAGCAGGAAGCACAGGACGGGCCUCGGAAGUCUCUGCCCCCUGCUUUCAGCUUCCCCAUGGGGUCCUCUCCCAGUGCCUUACCUCCCGAGUCUGGAGUCGUCUUGACAACCACAGACCCAGAGCUCAACCUGAAACAAGCCAUAAAGCUGCAGUUUGAGGGGCCUACCAACGAUGCUGUGCAUAAGAGGGAAACAGCACUGUGAGACUGGAAACACGUGCCAUCUGUAGCUGGACCUCCUUGGAAAGGCCUGUUUUGAAGUCUGAAACACCC